CCCCUUAUCCCCCCCUUUCUCCCUCUCAUCUCCCCCCCUGAUCCCUGUCAUGUCCCCACCUUCUCUCUCUCAUGUCCCCCCCUUCUCCCGCUCAUUUCCCCCCAUUCUCCCUCUCAUUUCUUCCCCUUCCCCCCCUUAUAUCUCCCCCUACUCCCUCUCAUUCCCCCCUAUGAAGCCCCUCAUUCCCCCCCUUUCUCCCUCUCAUUCUCCCCCCCUGCUCACUGUUAUGUCCCCCUUCUCUCGCUCAUGUAG